AUGAGAUUCCUCUCUGUCAUCGCUCUUCUGGCUGCCACUGCCGUGGCCAACCCCGUCGCCAGAUCUACCAAGAAGGAAUUCCACCUGAAGACCACCGGCGCCGCAAAGGCUGAUUUCAACGACCUGUUCGUCAUCACCUACCACACCGGUGCCGGCACGAACGACGCCCUUCUCGAGAAUAAGGGUUCCAUCGCCACUCCAUUCUACCUGAAUGGCACCACCGCCCUCGCCAACCUAGGCAACGUCUUUCCGUGGGGCUUUGAGAUGGGCGGAGACUCCAACUAUGCCUCCUGGGAGUCGGUUCAGAUCAACGCCGGCGGAGGUGUCGAUGGUUUCUCCAUCAAAGACGGCAACUUCGUCUGGUCCGAGGAGGAGGGCUUCGGUGGAUGGCUCGUCUGCGACUGGUACCACAAUGCUCCUCAGCUGUUCUGGUGGGACAAGUACUACCCGCCUACUAUCCCCUGCAGCUGCAGCAAGGUUGACCUGAAGCCUAUCUACCUGACGCAGUAG